AUGUACGAAUACAAUCGCCAUUGCAUUAGCACUAUAUUCAAGAACUUCAUCGAAACCAUUCCAGAAGAACAAAUCUCGUCUUGCAGAUACUUAUCAGACGUCUUCUUCCCCAGUGGUUCCAUGUCCUGGGAUAUCCUGAAGGAUUGCGAUCACAAAGCCUUACGUGAAGAAAAUGGCACGAUACGACCAAAACCUUUUUACCAGUACUUCGUUUUUCGCCUGUGGAGCAACAGAUCUACUUGGGUCUCGUUUAGUGUGCAAGACAUAGAACGUCCUGGCUUCGGAGCUUUACUUUUCAUAUCGAGAAGCCUUCCAUCUAUAUGGCGUCCUCCCCUUGCAACUAAGUCGAGAUUACAAAAGACGGUCGAUCUAUACCGCGGCACCAAGGAUAACAUGGACUACUGCAAUAUACGCCGGAUGUUUUCGAACCUUGAGGAAUUCCCCACUUCUACUCUGGUCUACGACUACGUGCAAUAUCCCAAGGGGCCAUAUGGUGUUACUGGCCUUGUUGACUUGCAGCGAAGGUUCCCAAACCAAUCGGCCGACCGGCUAAGCCUCUCUCUACAAAGUUUGACCCGACUGUGGCCUUGA